CCUGCCCCUGGGAAGAAGAAUGAUCUCUGGGACCGGAAGGCCUGGAGGUACUCGUGAACUCCCGCGGCACCAUGAGGAGCUUCAAAGGAGUCAACUUUGGGACUCUGCUAAGAAGUCCAAAGGAGGCUGAAGAGCUGCUGCCUGACUUGAAGGAGUUCCUGUCCAAGCUUCCAGCUGAUUCUCCCAGCUGCCGAUCUGAUGCCGAGAGGAGGCAAGCUUGUGAUGCCAUCCUGAGGGCUUGCAACCAGCAGCUGACUGUCAAGCUGGCUUGCCCUAGGCACCUGGGGAGCCUGCUGGAGCUGGCAGAGGUGGCUUGCGAUGGCUACUUGAUGUCUACACCCCGGCGCCCACCCCUCUACCUGGAACGAAUUCUCUUCAUCUUUCUGCGGAACACUGCUGCACAGGGAAUCCCAGAGGCCACACUCCGAGUCGCUCAGCCCCUCCAUACCUGCUUGGUGCAGUGUUCUCGACAAGCUGCUCCCCAGGACUAUGAGGCUGUGGCUCGGGGCAGCUUUUCUCUGCUUUGGAAGGGGGCAGAAGCCCUGGUGGAGCGGCAAGCUGCAUUGUCAGCUCGGCUAAAGGCCUUGAGCUUUCUAGUACUCUUGGAGGAUGAAAGUACCCCUUGUGAGGUUCCCCACUUUGCUUCUCCCACAGCCUGUCGAGUGGUAGCUGCCAAUCAGCUAUUUGAUGGCAGUGGGCAUGGUCUGAAUGGGGCAGAUGCUGAUUUCCUAGAUGACCUGCUCUCCAGGCAUGUGAUCAGAGCUUUGGUGGGAGAGGGAGGGGGCUCUCCUGGUCCUCUUUCCCCGCAGAGGGCCCUCUGUCUCUUGGAGCUCACCCUGGAACACUGCCGUCGCCUCUGCUGGGGCCACCACCACGCCAGAGCCACCAGGGCAGUGGAGAAGGCCUACGAUUACCUGAGGAACACCAGUCUGGCCCCCAGCCUCCAGCUUUGCCAGCUGGCAGUUGAACUGCUGCAGGUUGGCGAGGGAGGACUCCAGGCAGUGGCCAAGCUUCUGAUCAAGGCAUCAGCUGUCCUGAAAAACAGCAUGGAGGCACCAUCACCCGCACUGCGGGCAUUGUGUGACAGCUGCCAGUUCUUCCUCUCAGUCCUGGAGCGAGGCACCAAGGGGCACUAUGGACCUGAUGCCAUUCUGGGCCUCUUUGCUUUUCUUGGCAGCUACUGUUGCCUCAUCCGGAAGCUGCAGGAUGGUGUCUGUGGGGACUCCUCCAAGCAACUGCAGGCUUUGGUUCAGAUGCACUUUCAGGGACUUCACCUCUACACUACGGUGGUUUAUGACUUUGCCCAAGGCUGUCAGGAAGGUGAUUUGGCUGACCUGGCCCAGCUAGUGGAAAGUUGCAAAUCUACUGUUGUCUGGAUGAUGGAGGCCUUACAGGGCCUGUCAGGCCGAGAGCUGACUGACUACCUGGGGAUGACUGCCUCUUACACCAGUAACCUGGCCUACAACUUCUAUAGUCACAAGCUUUAUGCCGAGGCCUGUGCCAUCUCUGAGCCCCUCUGUCAGCGCCUUGGCUUGGCAAAGCCAGACACCUAUCCUGAGGUGCCUCCUGAGAAGUUGCACAGAUGCUUCCGGCUGCACAUAGAGAGUUUGAAGAAACUGGGUAAACAGGCCCAGGGCUGCAAGAUGGUGACUUUGUGGCUUGCAGCCCUGCAGCCCUGUGGCCCCAAACACAUGACUGAGCCAGUCACCUUCUGGGUCCGGGUCAAGAUGGAUGCAGCCAGAGCCGGAGACAAGGAGCUACAGCUGAAGACGCUGCGAGACAGCCUGAGUGGCUGGGACCCAGAGACCCUGGCCCUCCUGCUCAGGGAGGAGCUGCGGACCUACAAGGCGGUGCGGGCCGACACGGGGCAGGAACGUUUCAAUGUCAUCUGCGACCUGCUGGAGCUGAGCCCCGAGGAAACACCGGCCGGGGCCUGGGCCCGAGCCACCCACCUGGUGGAACUGGCUCAGGUGCUCUGCUAUCACGACUUUGCCCAGCAGACCGACUGCUCUGCCUUGGAUGCCAUCCGGGAAGCCCUGCAGCUUUUGGAGUCUGUGAGGCCCGAGGCCCAGGCCAAGGGUCGGCUUCUGGAUGAUAAAGCACAGGCCCUGCUGUGGCUCUACAUCUGUACCCUGGAGGCCAAAAUGCAGGAGGGUAUUGAGCGGGAUCGGAGGGCUCAGGCCCCUAGUAACCUGGAGGAGUUUGAAGUCAAUGACCUGAACUAUGAAGAUAAACUCCAGGAAGAUCGUUUCCUAUACAGUAACAUUGCCUUCAACCUGGCUGCAGAAGCUGCUCAGUCCACAUGCCUGGACCAAGCCCUGGCCCUGUGGAAGGAGGUGCUUACAAAGGGGCAGGCCCCCGCUGUGCGGUGUCUGCAGCAGACAGCAGCCUCCCUGCAGAUCCUAGCGGCCCUCUAUCAGCUGGUGGCAAAGCCCCUGCAGGCUCUGGAGGUCCUCCUGCUCAUACGGAUCGUCUCCCAGAGACUGGAGGACCACGCAAAGGCAGCCGGCUCCUCCUGCCGUGUCACCCAGCUCCUCCUGACGCUCGGCUGUCCCAGCUACGCCCAGUUGUACCUGGAAGAGGCAGAAUCAAGUCUGAAGCGUCUGGAUCGCACCACAGACACGUGCCUGCUCCUUUCCCUGACCUGUGACCUCCUGCGAAGUCGACUCUACUGUGGUUGCCAGAAGGUGGCUGAGGGUGCCUCUCUGCUGCUGUCUGUGCUUCAGGACCCUGCCCUCCAGAGGGCAUCCAAGGCCUGGUACCUGCUGCGCGUCCAGGCCUUGCAGCUUGUGGCAGUCUACCUUAGCCUCUCAUCAGACAGCCUCUCGGCCUCCCUGUGGGAGCAGCUCUGUGCCCAAGGCUGGCAGACACCUGAGAUAGCGCUCAUCGACGCCCAUAAGCUCCUCCGAAGCAUCAUCCUCCUGCUCAUGGGCAGCGAUGUGCUCUCGGCUCAAAAAACAGCUGUGGAGACACCAUUUCUGGACUAUGGUGAAAAUCUGGUACAAAAAUGGCAGGUUCUUACUGAGGUGCUAAGCUGCUCGGAGAAGCUGGUCUCCCGCCUGGUCCACCUGGGUAGUGUGAGCGAAGCCAAAGCCUUUUGCUUGGAGGCCCUGAAACUUACAACAAAGCUGCAGAUACCGCGCCAGUGUGCCCUGUUCCUGGUGCUGAAGGGGGAGCUGGAGUUGGCGCGCAAUAACAUCGACCUCUGUCAGUCGGACCUGCAGCAGGUUCUGUUCUUGCUCGAGUCUUGCACAGAGUUUGUCGGACUAGCGCAACACCCAGACUCUGUGAAGAAGGUCCACUUGCAGAAGGGGAAGCAACGGGCCUGGGUGCCCCAUCCUCCAGAGCUUCCAGAGGAAGAGCUUGUUCUAAGAGGCCCUGCCCUGGAGCUGGUGGCCACCGUGGCCAAGGAGCCUGGCCCUGUAGCACCUUCUACUAACUCCUCCCCGAUCCUGAAAACAAAGCCCCAGCCCAGCCCUGGCUUCCUGACCCAUUUGCCCACUUGUGACUGCUCGCUCUGUGCCAGCCCUGUCCUCUCAGCAGUCUGUCUGCGCUGGGCGUUGAUCACAGCGGGGGCGAGGCUGGCCAUGGGCCAUCAGGCCCAGGGCCUGGAUCUGCUGCAGGUUGUGCUGAAGUGUUGCCCCGCAGCCAGUGAGCGCCUCACCCAAGCUCUACAAGCUUCCCUGAAUCACAAAGCACCCCCCUCUCCUGUCCUGGGCUUCUUCGAUGAGAUCUCAGCUCAGGCAUAUGCACAGCUGGCACUGGAGGGGCUGAGCCAGCCGUCAAACAAGAGCCUGGGGAAGGUCCUGGAGUCGGGGCUAAAGUUUGUGGCGGCUCGGAUACCCCACCUGGAGCCCUGGCGAGCCAACCUGCUCUUGGUUCGGGCCCUUGCAAAGCUGGCUGGCCUCAGCUGCUGCACUCCCCGACUUUUUGCGAGCUCCUGGGGCUGGCAGCCACCAUCAGUAAAGACCCCUGCAGGCUCAGAACACUCUAAGCCUUGGAGCCAAAAACAUUGUGGACGAAGACGCCAGCAAGAGGUCUCAGCUACCCUGCCGCUCUCAAAUACCUCUCUGAAAGGUCUGGAAGGUGGAGGACCACCCUGUACACCUAAGCCCCCAGGCCAGGUCAGGCAGGGUGGCCCUCGUGUCCCCUUCACCGUGUUUGAGGAAGUCUUCCUUACAAAGAGCAAGCCUGAGGUUCCCAAGGCCCCCAGGGUACAACAGAGGGUCCAGACACGCCUCAAGGUGAACUUCAGUGAUGACAGUGACCUGGAAGACCCUGUCCCCGUUGGGGCACGGCUCGCAGAGGGGCCCAAGGGAAGGGACACUGCUUCCCGGGGCCGGGGCCGGGGCCGGGGCCGGGCCAGGAAGGGCCCGAGCGUGAAGACAAACGCGGUGGCCGCCCCAGGCAGUGUCCCUGGGCACCCUGGCCUCAGUGGCAGAAGCCGGAGGGUCAAGAAGCUGGCAUCAGGACAUUGUGAGGAGCUGGGCCCCGAGAUGAUGAGGACCAUCCUUGAGGAGGAACUGACUGACAAGCAGAUGGAAAUGAGCUUUGAGAUCCUCAGGGGCUCUGAUGGGGAAGACUCAGCCUCAGGUGUGAUGGCAAGGGUGGAAGAUAGAGGUCCAUGUUUUUUCGGGGUUGCCCUGGGGCCAAAACAUGAGAAAUAACUGGUGCCAAAGAUGGAACAGGAAGGGCUUCCCUGGUGGCGCAGUGGUUGAGAGUCCACCUGCCGAUGCAGGG